UAAGCCGCGCCUGUUUUCUCUCGGUGGGGCUGGAGGUUCCCCGACGGACCCGCGUCCACCUAUCAGCAGAAAAAAACAAAACAAAACAUGUGAAAGAAGGGAGUCUUAUUAAAGCGGGGGGACUUGAAAAGCUUUAAAUUGUCAAGGGGGGGAAACUUUUUCAUUCGUGCGAAGUGCUCGUCAGGGAGCAAAUGGACAGCGGUGGAGGAGCGUGGAAGUGGAAGCCUCUCCAACGGUAGACUGCACCGUCCGUCCGUCUGUCCGGGGGGCUGCUCGCACUUAUUGUGUCCGUCAGCCAUAGGAGGUUGAAGGGGAUUCACCGGGUAAGCAGAUCCGUAUACCAUGCCUACAGGGGAUGGCACCAGCCGCUUCCCUGUCUUCUUGGGCUCCUCUAACCACCCAAGAUGUCCGGGUUAUGUUCCCGGCCGAGUGGCUCCCGUCCGCUCGCCUCCGCCUGCCAAAGCCCCACCACCUCCACCGUCAAAACCUCGCGGCCUGCUGCUGGAACAACAGCCUACAUCUAGUUUCUCAGAGGUGAACCAACGCAGGGAGCGCGUUCAAAACCUCCAGCGAAGAAAGAACACGCUGAUCUGCUGCGGAAUGUCACUGGGCGCCUUCUUCCUCACGCUCAUUCUCGUCUUCUGUCUCAAGAGUAGAGAUGUGUUGGAUGAAAACUGUCCGGACCACAACCUGUCCCUUAGUAGCUGGAAUCCAGGCCAUCAACCAGAUAUGGACGUCUUUGUCCGAAGGGGAUAUUUGCUAAGGCUGGAAUCUUCUGCGACCAUGCGUUCACUUACUAUUCAGUCAGGAGGUAGGGUAGUUUUUGCAGACAGCUCUGAUGGCUCCAAAACCAUCACCUUGAGAACACACUACAUCCUCAUUGAAGGAGGUGGAUCUUUUCAUAUUGGCUCUCCCAAAUGUCGCUACCGAUCUCAAGCCACCAUCGCCCUCAUGGGCCGCUCAGAUGAUACGAUCAUCCCUGAGGUCCCCGGAUUCGGUCGUAAAUUUAUGGGUGUAAUGGGUGGUGGCACCCUAGAGCUACAUGGCGCAGAGAGAAUUUCUUGGUCUCUGCUGACUCGGACCAUUCCGGCGUCCGGGUUGGCUGCAGGGGAUUAUUCUUUCCAGAGGAACUUCCACAGAGGCAUCAAUCUGCGUGUGGUGGACCAGGAUACAGCUGCUAUUGUGUUUUCGGAACGCUACGACACCUAUGAGCUGCGUAAUGACAGUCGACGGCUCACCCAGCUCCUCCGUUCUUUGCCUGCUGGUCGCAUUGUUGCUGUAGCUGUUGGAGACUCUGCUGACAAAAAUUUCUUAGAUGAAACCAAGAAAGCCUUUGCAGAGAUACUCGGCAGCAGAUUUGCCCAUAAUCUCAAGUACAGGGAAGCGUGGGCUUUGGUCUCUGUGGUUGGUGGGGAUAAUUCCUCGUGUUCAGAAGCUGUGAGGGAACACGAAAACCUCAACACCGGAGGCAGAGCGGUGGCAAGACGAAACUUCACCACUCCUGAUGGAGUUCGCUUCUCCGUCACUGCUUACAGCGAAUGGAAAACUGGUUACCCCAUCAUGGGCUUCCAGGUGGAUGCUGAAGAUCAGGUGGUGCUAAACUUGCAGGAUGAGGUAAAGCAGACCUGGCAACCAGGUGAUAAAAUUGUAAUUGCUAGCACGGACUACUCCAUGCACCAGGCUGAAGAGUUUACCCUGUUGCCCUGCCCCCAUUGUACCAAGACACAAGUGAAAAUAAAAGGGAAGCCUCAAUACACCCAUGUUGGAGAGGUAAUCGAUGGAGUGGACAUGCGUGCUGAAGUCGCUCUGCUGUCCAGAAAUAUUCUAAUCUAUGGAGAAAUGGAAAACUCGUGCUAUGGAAAUUUUUGCCAGUACUUUAACUAUGACACUUUUGGGGGUCACAUCAAGGUGUUGCGUAACUUCUCGUCAGUACACCUGUCACACGUGGAGUUGAAGAACAUGGGUCAGCAACGGGAAAAAGGCCGCUACCCCGUCCACUUUCACAUGUGUGGUGAUGUCGACCAGAUGGGAGGAUACUCGGAGCCCACCUAUGUGGACGGACUGUCCAUACAUCACUCUUUCUCCCGAUGUUUGACAAUCCACACUACCAAUGGGCUCCUGGUGAAGAACACUGUUGGUUACGACACAUUGGGCCAUUGUUUUUUCAUGGAGGAUGGGAUAGAACAGCGAAACACUCUGUUUCACAACCUUGGCCUGUUGACUCGACCUGGGACUCUUCUGCCAACUGAUCGCAAUGAGACUGUUUGUGUCAGCAUGAAGGAGAACGUUUACAAGGGCUACACUCCCUCCCCAAGUACAGAGUGCAAGGCAGUCUCAACAUUCUGGAUUGCCAACCCCAACAACAACCUCAUCAGCAAUGCAGCUGCUGGCUCUCAGGAUGCUGGCAUAUUUUUUGUGUUCCACAGUUCUUCUACAGGAGACUCUCAUGGACUUGUACCAGAGACCAGGGCAGAGCUCACCCCUCUUGGAAUUUUUUACAACAACCGUGUGCACUCCAACUUUAAGGCAGGACUAUUCAUUGAUAAAGGUGUGAAGACCACCAAUGCAAGCGCUGCCGAUCCACGGGAAUACCUCUGCUUAGAGAACAGUGCCAGAUUCCGCCCUCAUCUGAAUGCCGACCCUAAUCAGCCCCGGGUGGCGGCCGUCAUCGACACUCUGAUCUCUUUUAAAAACAAUGACUUGGGGGCCUGGAUAAGAGGAGGAGACAUCAUCAUCCAGAACUCGGGCUUUGCUGACAAUGGAGUUGGUCUGUCUUUUGCCAGUGAUGGCAGCUACCCGAAAGAUGAAGGUUCAAGCCAGGAGGUGAAACAGUCCCUGUUUGUGGGUGAAAGUCGCAACCGAGGAAACAACGGGGGGCAAAAUAAAUACUGGGGACCAGGAGGGGUUGAUGGAAAAUUCAGAACACUGCCUAGAAACAGGACGUUUCCAAUCAGAGGUUUCCAGAUCUAUGAUGGCCCAUUGAGGGUAAUUCAGAGUACAUUUCGUGGAUUUAUGCAAACACCAGAGCGUUUUACCAGUGCUGUAGGAUUCAACUUAAAGAACACCUGGCAGCUCACUCCAAGAAACAACCUGUCUCAGCUCAGCUUCCACCCAGAUGUAAAACUCCAGGCAUUUUUUGGUCGUCCUGGACAGUGGUUUGAAGGGAAUGACCUAGACGGGGACAAGAACUCAAUUUUUCAUGACGUGGACGGGUCAGUGACUGGUUAUCCGGACACCUAUGCUGGUCGAGCAGACAAUUACCUCAUCCAACAUCCUGGUUGUGUGAAGCUUCUUCAGUGGAAUGCAGUGACCUGCAGCGGCCGUUACUCUCAGGUGUUUAUUCAGACACAGGGUGCUCCAAACCUCAUGAUAUCCAUCAGCAGAGACGAGUAUCCUGAUGCUCCUCUGGUACUGAGGGGGACUAACAGCCAGGGGGCGCUGUCUCAGCAGUACCAACCUGUACUAAUGAUGAGCAAGAGCUACACUCUGCACUGGAAUGGACCAGCACCAAGAGAAACAGUUCUUUCCCUCAUUAACUUUGAUAAAGAGGACUGGGUGUUGGUGGGACUCUGUUACCCAUCAGACACCACAUUCCAGAUCAUGUCUGACAUCUACAACAGGCAGUUGAACACAUUUGAAGACAUUACAGACUACGGCACUGUGUCAUCUCUCGCUCAACUGGAGGCGAGGCCGAUGGAAAGAAAGUAUUUCUUUGACCGCUCUGUUGGCUUGUUGUGGUUCUACCUUCAGGCUCGAUUUAAUCGUGAUGGUCACAGCUACUGUUCAACUAAAGGCUGUGAAAGAGUGAAAGUCAUGGCCACAACCACGUCCAAACAGACAUGUAAUUGCACAGCCAAGGCCUACCCCAAGUACUCAAAGACCCCCUCUGCAGUGGUGCCUAUGCCAACUCAAAACACUCUGCCAUGCAAAGACUGCGGUGCUAAACAACUUGUGUUUUCCAGUGAGCCAUGGACCUCUUACCUCAAGACUCAAGUGAAAUCCCUCGGCAUAAAACAGCUGGAGAACUCUAAUAACGUUUCAUUUAUUACUGUAAAUGAAAUUACCCUGCCUUUCUCUAAGCCUGGGUUCUUCGUUGUGUCAGUGGAUGCCUGUUCUGGAAAAGUCACCAAAAAGAAUUCAUUUGCAAGGAUGGAUUCCAAGAUGGAGCAGUUCCUAAAAACAGGGAUACCAAACCGGUCAAUCGUUCUUAUGGCAACACAAGGUCAGCCUGAAGGCUUGAGGGAUUUAGCACCUCAUCUAGUCUCCUUUGGUUUGGCCAAAGCCCCUGACCUGCUCAACAAAGAGAGUUUAGGGCUGUGGGGGUUCCAGGGGGAUUCUCCAUCCCCAUCAUGGGUUUCACUGCAAACUGGGGAGGGUGAGGAUGUCUUGGAGCUGCAGGAGCGCUACAUCCCCCUAAAUUUGGAGGUUUAUGGCUGUUUGCCCCCCACAGCUCAUUCACGCAAAGACUUGGAGCUUCUCAGAAAAUCCACAGGACUCCAAUAACCAAUGUGAACCGUACAACUUGCCUAAUCAAAACAGUCUUGCACACAAACACAAAAGCCAGCUGAUGAAUGUGAACUGCUGAACCUUUAAUUUAUUAACAGUGAGAAAGGUGAUUUGUCACUUUCACAUGGAAAGAAAGUGUGUUUUAAUGAGCAGGGUGAGUAUUUCUUUGACCUUGUUUGUGUUGCCUUAGGGCUUUUUUUUAGUCAAUGCACUUUUUUAGAGACUUGAGAAGUUGCCAUUUAGUCAAAGUUUUCAGACUCAUCUAUACAGUGUAUUAGCUUGCAGACCAAAAAAGCCAAAGUAACCCACAAGAGUUGCUUUUCACUAUCAAUGUUAAUUCUGCAGUAAAUGGUUACAGAAUACAUCAGAUUCACUGCCAAAGUAGAAACAAAAUGGAUUAGAUACACAGGGACCCAAGGUAAUUAUGAAAAUAAAUUGCAUUGUACCUGAAAGAUGGGUUUAAUUGGAAAUGAAAAUGAAACGGCCAUCAGAGAUUUAAUCUGCAAUACUAAGCCAAAAAAUGAACAUUUGGCAUCACAAUUCAGAGUCGGUGUGUUAGCUGUGCUGCUGAAUAAUAGGUCAAACCAAAUGGCAUCCAUAUUAAUGGAUGCUUAGUCAUAAAGACAAACUGUAUGCAGUAAAAUAAACCAAAUUAUUCUGAGAAAUAUUGAAUGAGUCCCAACUAAAUGCAGUUGGAAGACAAAGUGUGUGAACCCCUUAUAUCACUUUCUGCACAAACUGGGAACAAGGUGUGUUCUGUUCUAUAUCCCACAGUAGAAAAACAAAGUCUUACAUCCGUAACCACACAAGCAAAUUUCAUCAUUUGCAUUUAGCCUGCAUGUAAAAAUGUACUGCAGAAGGUGGAACAUGCAUGAGAACUUUUGGGUUUAACGACUGGCUGACUCUUUUGGCAGCAAUAACCUCAAGCAGACAUUUUCUCUUUUCUUCUGGAUCCGACCGGCGCAAUCGUCAGGAGAGGUUUUGGACUAUUCAUCUUUACAAAAUGUUUUCAGUGCAACAACAUCCUUUGGAUGUUGAGAGUGAAUCAUUCCCUUAAGGUCAUGCCCCAGCUACUCCACCUGGUUGAUGUCAGGACUCUAACUGGGCCACUUUCUUUUAGUGCAGACAUUCUGGUCAUUAUCCAUCACCCAUUGUUUUGCUGCAUUUUAGUUGGUAGGAAGGUGGCCUCAACUUUUCCUACAAAAUGUCCUGAUACACUUUGAAAUUCAUUUUUCCCUCGAUGAUGGCAAUCUGUUCAGGCCCUCAGGCAGUAAACAAACCUCAACCCAUGAUGCUCCCUCCUCCGUAUUUCAAAGGUGGAAUAAGGUUUUGAUGUUUGUGUGCUGUGCCUUUUCCCCCCUCCACAUAGUUCUAUUCAGUUCCUUCCACACAUCACAAAAAACAACACAACUUUGGUUUCAUAUGUCCGUGAAAUAUGUUGCCACUAUUCUUGUGGAAGAUUAAGGAGCUCUUUUCUUUUUGGACAGGAGACACUUCCUACUUAGUGUCCUUCCAUGAUUUUGUAAUGUUUCCAGCCUAAUACAAGACAUUUCUUGAUCUUUGGUGCUGUGACAGAAGAAUGGUUCACAUCAGGCAAUGCUUCUAGAGAGCAGCUACUCAAUAUUGACAUGUUGACAUGCAGGGUGGCUUUAACCAGAAACCCCUCCACAUUGAUUGAACUCCAGAUUGCUCAUUCUUGACUCCAUUUGGCUCUUGGAUCAGUCAUUUUCCAAGAGAUUCAGAACCUCCUCCUUGCGCUGUCAAUUUUGUCAUGUUUUACCAAAGAAAAAAAAAAUAUGACGACAAUAAACAUGUUUUUGUGGUUUAAAUUUAAACAAUACAGAAAUCAGAACAUUUCUUCUUUCCAGUUUAUGCAGAAAUCUAAACGGUUUAAAAGGAUUCACAUACUUUAAAAAAAGAUUAUUUUGUGUAUUUCUGCUUCUAAUAUAAGUAAAUCUUUAACUGGAAAACAUCCUCUGAUCAUCGCGCAGCUGUUCAACACCUAAUGCACCUUUUUUGGAUCCUUCUGUGGAUUCACUGGAUCUCAUGUUCAUAUUUAGCUGAUCCCUCUGACAGCUUCAUAGAAGCUGGUUACUUGUGCUGUAAAAAUGAUGGAUUUUCUUUGUACUUCCUCAAAAAAUUGAAUGUUCUUCCUGUUUGCCUUAUUUAUAUCGUUUAUUUGCAUUAUUUCCAAUACAGCAUCUUCUGAUGGAAUUACCUGAGACUGUCUGUUUCAAGUGUAACUAUGAACUGUGUAAUACUAAAGAUAGAUCUUGUACCUGCUGGGAUAGAUACAGCUUUACUUCGAGAAAAAGUGUUUAAAUGUGUAGAAAUGAGCAGGGCUCCCCCACUGAGAGUUGAUGCAUUUAGGACUGUGUUAGUAUAUGACUGAAGGAUGAGGGAGAAUGUUGGGAGUGUGAGAACUUUGUGGCCUUUUAAACCACUUCACUGUAAAACAAAAAACAAAAAAAAAGUCUGUUCAUUCUUGUCUUUCGCCUUUCAUUCAGUGACUCUUAAGAUGCACAACCUACGUUCAAUUUUAUUUUGAAUUUUGUUUUGUAAUGACCUUUUGUAAAUAGUUAUUUUAGACUGAUUAUAGACUUGUAUUAGAUGACUGGUAGGCCGUGUUAUGUGUGUUUUUGUUUGGUGUCAGUUAAGUAGCAAUUGGUUUCAAAAUUGACUAAUAAAAAAAAUCUUUGUGUUCAAA